AUGGGGACGCUAAAUGAAGACUAUCUCUUGGUUGCUGCCAUCGAUUUUGGAACUGCAUACUCAGGAUAUGCUUUCUCUACAAGAGGUGAUUACAGCAGAGACCCACUGAAGGUAGCUGCAAACACAUGGGGUGCCGGCAAUCUAAUGUCAUUAAAGACAUCUACAUGUGUUCUUUUUGACAAGAACAAGAAAUUCCAUUCCUUUGGCUUUGAAGCUGAAGACAACUAUUCCGGCUAUGCCCUGGAUGAUGAACAUCGCGACUACUACUUCUUCAGAAGAUUCAAAAUGAAACUUUUCGAUAGGAUGCAACUGAAGAGAAAAUUUAUGUUGGAAGACGAGAUGGGAAGAAAGAUGUCUGCAAUGGAUGUAUUCUCAGCUUGCAUAAAAUACCUGAAGGAUCAUCUAAUGAAAAGAUGUUUGCAGCAGUUACCAGACACCACUGAUAGUGAUAUCCGCUGGGUGCUUACUGUUCCGGCUAUUUGGAAUGAUACCUCCAAACAGUUCAUGAGGGAAGCUGCUCAGCUGGCAGGAAUAGAAAGCGAUUAUUUGCUCAUUGCACUUGAACCAGAGGCUGCCAGUCUGUGCUGUAGGCACUUGCCGAUGAACACGCUUAAAGGAUGCAGUGGUGGUUUUAUACCAUUUGGACCACGUUCAAAAUAUCUUGUGUUUGAUGCUGGUGACAUAAGUGAUACGCCUGAACAGCCGUUUGCUCAAAUUGGAAAUAGAGAAAUCAGAAGAAACCGACUUGAGGAUCAUAUGAUUGGAAAGUGGGUUAGAACAACAAUUGAUAAACACCUACCAGACAAGAAACAUUAUUACGGAAGAGGAGAUUAUACUGUGGAAAGAACUUUAACAAAUUAA